UAGGUUGAAGAGGAAGAAGAAUAGCAAGCUGCGCAUAAAAAUAGUAUAGUAGCCUAAUUUAGAAUUCAAUUUCGAAAUACUCUUUCGUCUUCGGCUAAAUCAGAAAUUUUUCGAUUUCAUUGCUCCCGAAUACCCAAUUUUAAGGUUAAUUAUCGAGGGAAUUAGGAAGGGUUCAGCUUAAAUUGCUGAGAAAUGCAGCAACAGGCGCCGCAGACAAUGAAUCAAGCUUCACCGGCGGCGAUCAAUGUCGUCUCCACCGAGCAGAUUCAGAAGUAUUUGGAUGAGAACAAAAAUCUUAUUGUGGCGAUACUGGAGAAUCAGAAUAUGGGGAAAAUAGCAGAGUGCGCUAGGUACCAAGCUAUCCUUCAGAAGAAUUUAAUGUAUUUAGCUGCUAUUGCUGAUGCGCAGCCUCCAGGAUCCGGAAUGCCUUCACAGCUUCCUAAUAGUUUAGUCGCAACCCAAGGAACCGCCUCAGGACUGCAAAUCCAUACUCCAAUAAUGCAGCAACCUGGUGCUCCUGUUGCGAAGUCACCCUUUCAGCUCAAUGCUCUCCGGCCUCAGGACCAGCAGAAUCAGAUGCUCCAGUUCCAGCAGCAACUUCCUGCCCAUUUCGGUCUUGGAGGAGGGCCCAACGGCUUGCAACUACCUGGGCAGCCAGGUCCGAGCGGUUCAAUGGGUUUUCCAGGAAGCCAGUCAGGCAUGCUGGAGGGUGUCUCCGGUGAUAACCAAGGAAACACCAAUUUUGGACCUGCAGAUGGCCGAGAAUGAUACUUUUAAGGCUUGCUUCCCUUUCCAUGAUGGCUGUAUCCAGCUCAGUAGUAGUACCUUUCCACGGUUAAGUAUGAACCGAAAUAGUUAAGAUGAAUGUUUUGAUAUUACUAUAAAUUAUUUAGGUUUAGAUGUUGUAGAAUGAUGGUUUUCAAAACGUCUGAGGCAUUGUAAGACGGGCAUGAGUUACAUAGCUAGACAUAGAUCUCCAGUUUUCAUGUCUGCACUAUAUCAAAUGAAUGUUUGUGUUACACUGAA